CCUGAAACGUUUGACCCAGGUUAAACAAUUUAAAGGCAAUGCUACCAAAUACUAAUUGAGUGUGUGUAAACUUCUGACCUAAAUAAAAAAGUAAACAUGGGCUAUUAAUGACAUCAUUUUUUUCACAUGGUUGGGGUGCCAGAAUUUUCAGAUAUCAAAAUGGUGUCAUGGGCCAAAGAAGUUUGGAUGGCAUGCAGUAAACCCCUGGGGCUUCCACAAAGUCAAAUUGGCAUAUCGUAACAAGUCAUGAAAACAAACAUUUGCUUUUUGGUCAUAAUUCAAGGUUAGGGUUAGCAGUGUGAUUACGGUUAGAGUUUAAAAUCACAUUUUAAGAAGAUAAAUUGUAGAAAUAGAAUGAGUUUGUGACUUUGUAGCUGUGGUACCUAGUGACGACCAACAUGCAGGAACGGCCCGAAUAGGCCCACAGUUCACUUUCUUGAAGCUGGGGGGCAAUGUUGAGUCGAUAUAGAAUAUGGGGUUUCCAUGGAAAUAGGGGAACGCUGACUUCUCGCUCAGACAGUAAGGUGUCAAACAAACAAAUAUCAGCUGUUUUGUGAAGUUUUAACUAGCCAACAUGGGUAAGAAGAAGUCAUCAGAUGAAGACAAAACUACGUUGGCGGAGGCCUUUAUCAAUUUUCAGCUCCAAGUUAAGAGAAAGGAAAUACAUGAGUGCCAGGAGGAGGUCAGUCAACUCGAGACAAAGAAGCAAAGAUACACAGAAUUGAGGGAGCAGUUGAAAGAGGAGCAGUUGGGGCACAUCAAGGUCUUGCGGAAGCAGGCUAAAGAACAGGAGAGUAAGCUGGAGCAGAGAGAGGUGGUCAACAAAGAGCAGGUGGAGCAAGCUCUGCAGCAGAACUUGGAGCUAGUCCGCAGCCAGGAGAAAGAACUGGCAGAGCUGCGCGCUGAAGUCAUCCGCCUGGAGGAGGAAGUGCUCGUCUUGCAGGCCGAGAGGCACAUCAGGCAGGAGUAUAAGAUGGCCGGAAGCAAAGAGCACCAGCAGCAGAUCCAGCACCUGGAGGCUGAGCUGGCUCAGAUGCAGAAGGGGUUUCAGGAGAUGGCAGACAACAUUCAGCGCUCUCUUGAUGUAACUUUCAAUGAAAUUGACAAGAAGACAGUGCAUCUCAUAGAUGACAAAAAACAACUGGCUACAGAGAGGGCCAUCAAACACCUUGACAAGCACAGCCGACAGGAGAUCAAAGAGAACGAGUGGCUGAAGAGAGAGCUUGCUAUUUACACAAGAGAGGUAUCCAUUACAGCAUUGGCCGUCCAACAACUGGAGGAGGAGAAUCUUGAGCACAUGGGUCAACUGUUUGAGCGUCGCCUGGAGGACCUGCAAAUCUCUAGAAACGUCUUCCUGACUCAGGCGGCAGGCCUGGGACCCUCUGACUCCACAGUACAGGAGACCAUUAUGAAGAACGGGGUAAGCAGCAGCCCAGUACCUCCCCUCCACCCAGCAUCAGAAGCAUGGCGGGCUCAAAAGCAGGCCAAAGAGUUGGAGAGGGAUGAAACAAGUGGCAGCUGCAGUGAGGCAGCCUACAGGCAAACAGAGGACCCCCUUCAGGACCUCAGUGUGCUUCUGUACGGCAGCCAGACCUACCUGCAGCAGGGAGACAUGCACCUGGGCCCUCUGGAGAUGAAGCUGCUGACUGUGGUGGGCCAGGCUCUUCCCCUGCACCCUGUGCCAUCCGAGACCCCCGGCUCCAAAGGCUCCUCCUCAACUCCAGAGAUGCUCCAGGCUCCCGAAGACUGGCCCCUCACUGCCCGCAUCAUCCACAAGAGGUUCAAGUAGCCAGGCCCAAGCACUAAUACACACUUUUGUAAAUCUAGCAUUGGCCUCAUGUUGGGAUCAGAGGCAUUACCAUUAAACCUGCAAUGAUACUACAAACUCAA